AUGCCCGUCGCCCUCCCUAGCGCUCGUCGCACUCCCUUCCGCCGUCGCCCUCCCUUCCGCCCGUCGCACUCCCUAGCGCUCGUCGCAUCCCCUUCCGCCCGUCGCACUCACUUCUGCCCAUCGCACUCCCUCCGCCCGUCGCACUCCCUUCCGCCCGUCGCCCGCCCUUCCGCCGUCGCCCUCCCUUCCGCCCGUCGCCCGUCGCCCUCCCUUCCGCCCGUCGCCCUCUCUUCCGCCCGUCGCCCUCCCUUCCGCCCGUCACCCUCCCUUCGUCUCGUCGCCCUCCCUUCCUCCCAUUGCCCUCCCGACCGCCCGCCGCCCUACCUUCCCCUCGUCGCGCUCCCUUCCGCCCGUUGCCCCCCCUUUGUCUCGUCGCCCUCCCUCUCGCUCGUCCCCUCCAAUCCCCGUAUCUCUCUCUCCCCUCGUCGCCCUGGCAUCCCCGUCACUGUCGCCAUCCCUCCCUUCUCCCUUCCCAACUCGCACAAUUCUCUCUCCCCGGCAUCUCCCCCGCUCCCCACGUCCUGCUUCCCCCCAUCCUCUUCCCCGUUUCCCCAGUGUUUCCCGCGCUGCUUCCCCCCAUCCUCUGACUUGCUUCCCCCCAUCCACUUCCCUGCUUCCCCCCAUCCCCUUCCCUGCUUCCCCCCAUCCCCUUCCCUGCUUCCCCAUGUCCCUUUCCCUGCUUCCCCCCAUCCCCUUCCCUGCUUUCCCAUGUCCCUUUCCCUGCUUCCCCCCAUCCCCUUCCCUGCUUCCCCCCAUCCCCUUCCCUUCUUCCCCCCAUCCCUUUCCCUCCUUCCCGCCAUCCCCUUCCCUACUUCCCCCCAUCCCCUUCCCUGCUUCCCCAUGUCCCUUUCCCUGCUUCCCCAUGUCCCUUUCCCUGCUUCCCCCCAUCCCUUUCCCUGCUUCCCCCCAUCCCGUUCCCUGCUUCCCAAUGUCCCUUUCCCUGCUUCCCCCCAUCCCCUUCCCUUCUUCCCCCCAUCCCUUUCCCUGCUUCCCCCCAUCCCUUUCCCUGCUUCCCCCCAUCCCCUUCCCUUCUCCCCCCCAUCCCUUUCCCUGCUUCCCCCCAUCCCUUUCCCUGCUUCCCCCCAUCCCCUUCCCUGCUUCCCCCCAUCCCCUUCCCUGCUUCCCCCCAUCCCCUUCCCUGCUUCCCCCCAUCCCCUUCCCUGCUUCCCCCCAUCCCCUUCCCUUCUUCCCCCCAUCCCUUUCCCUGCUUCCCCCCAUCCCUUUCCCUGCUUCCCCCCAUCCCCUUCCCUUCUCCCCCCCAUCCCUUUCCCUGCUUCCCCCCAUCCCUUUCCCUGCUUCCCCCCAUCCCUUUCCCUGCUUCCCCCCAUCCCCUUCCCUGCUUCCCCCCACCCCCUUCCCUGCUUUCCCAUGUUUCUACCUACCACCUGUCAACGCGCCACCCCAUUUUCACCGAGCGCAACACAGGACGGGUAG